AUGAAUGGCAGAAACGACGCUCGUCUGAGCGAAAAAAAUCAAUCUGAACAGGAAUUCACCCCAUUUAACGAUUUGAUACUAAUCUCACAGAACUCAACUCCAAGCUCCCAUUCGCCUACGUCCCCAGAAUUGAGUUCGAACCCCCAAGCACAAUGGAAUCCAAUUCUGAGAGAAUUAAGUUCCUUACUUCUGAGGAGAGAACCAGAUGGGGCCAGAAGCGUAAGUUUCAAACAACCCAUUCCUGACACCAAAAGCCAAGCAACUACGGCAUCCAGCAAUUUUCCAGAGCAUUUGGCUGCGUUGCCUGGAAGUCCAUCGAUCGAAAGUAACCAAUUAAGUGAUUUGAGUUCCCAUAAAAGUGUAAAGAGACAGCAUCCGGAUCAACCAACUGCCUUAAAAUCGCACGGCCAUAGAAAGUUCAGAAAGGCCAUAGCUUCAACCGAGCUUGUCAUAACUGAUCAGGCUAGGAGUCUCAGGGAAGGUUCUGAUUUAGAUCGAAAUCUCGAAGAAUCAAACGUCUCGGUGAAAUUAGAGGAACUGGAUAAUACACCCAUUUAUGAACAGGAAGGCGAUAUUCCUCAUGAUCCAGUAAGCGACCUGAAUCGCCAACAAAUUGCUGCCAUUAGAAGUCGUGUGGAAAUCACGCCCAGCGGGCCUUACAUGGACGAUUCAAACUCGUCAACGGCUGAGCAAAUUGAUAUAACUCCCAAGAAGCAUCAACAGUCAUUCUUGAGCUUUAGUCGGUUACGGGCACUGGUAGAAAAAGAGGUUGGCGAGAAGAAUCUAAAAAUUCCCAAAACCACUAUUAAUAGCUUGCGGCAAGCUCAUGACGGGUUCUUGAAGAAUAUGGUUUUGCAGCUUCAAGCGGUUGUGGGCUCUGAACAUAUAUGGUUAGACAAGAAAAACCUGAUCAAGAUAUUUUCCAAUUAUGGCAUUCUGCCUAGGGACGCUGAUCGCGAGGCUCUUUUUGAAUUGUGUUCCAGGUUUUUGAGCACCGAAGAUCUUAAUAGAGUCGAAAUUACGUUAUUUGGAAGAUAA